GCCGCAGCGGUGGUGGCGGGUUCCACCACCGCUGAAUUACCACCACCCGGUAAAUUUGCCAAUGCAGAGUUGUUGAAGAUCCCCAACUUUCUUCACUUGACACCACCCGCCAUUGAGAGACAAUGCCAAGCAUCGAAAAAGAUCUGCACAGAGUGGCCGAAAGAGUUGGAUACCAACGAAAAGAUUGAAAAUCAUUUACCUAUCACAAUCACAACUAGUGAUUACCUCCAUUCUUCCCCCUCAUUGAGGGAUGCCCGAUCCAUAAUAGUAACACUCCAGGUGAAAUCGAGCUCUUUGAAAUCGGACAAUCACGCCAAGGAUAAACUGCUUCGACUAGUGAAAGAGCGUUACAACCUAGAAACUGACGUGCUGACGAUCGUCUCUGAGCGGUGUCCUUUGAGAAUGCAGAACGUCAAUUACGCCAUGUAUCUGCUGAAUGUUUUCGUCAGCAAGUCUUGGAAAACUGAGCCGUGGGAGGAUAAGAAAUGCGAAGCAGACAUGGAAAAUAUGUGUAGGAAGGGAGCCAGUCGCAACGAACAGUGGAGCAGCUGCUCCGACGAAUGCCGGACAAAGAGAAAGCCCAAGACAUGCCGGAGGUCAUCGAACAGUACGCAGCCAAUGCUGGUUUAUCGUGUAUGUUCGCGUAGUUGCUGUCCGCUGUGGUACGUUGUUGCAGCCUAUGCUGGUUAUAGAUCUUUCUACAUCAAAUUCAAUUGGCCGUUUGGUGCUGGUGUCGUGUUACCGAAGUUGCAUUAUUAUUUUAUGAAAUUGGCAUUGUGUCAAUGUAGUAUACCGUUAAUAUGUUAAGAAGGAACAAAAAAGAAAUAUGGGGAUGUUUAUGUCAAACAAAUAAUAAACAUGUCUUCGGGAUUGGGAAAGGAAAGAGGAGGAUGUGGAAGGGGGAUAUUUCAAGUUUGGUUAAAAAACAGUUAAUUUAUAACCCUACAAACAUAUCCCUACCAAUUAAUCUCCAAACCCCACACACUUAUACCUUCUAAUUCUUCUGACCCCACAAACAUUACACCUACCAACCCUCAAAUGUAUACCCUAAACCACAUAAACCAAUGUCAAACCCUAUGUCUGUAAUAAAUAAAAAAAUUUAAUACAUCACACUAGUUUUUA